GGUGUCCGAGUCCAACCGGCUGCGAUGUGUCGCGCGCCCCUGGUGUAGAAAAAAAAAACAGAGAAGGAAAACUUCAUAGAAAUGGCGGAGAGUGCUACGACGCUCAAAGGCUUGAGAGCCCAGAUGGCUGCGGCUGCACAGGCACAAGCCGAGGAGAGGCGUAGCUUAGCAGGGAACAGUCCAGGACCUUCAGCCGUCUCCCCAUCCAAACCUCAGGGCUGUAAGCCAGUUAUUGACGGCGCCGCACUUAGAGUAGACGACCGGCUGCGAGUGGCAAAAGAGAGGCGAGAGGAGGCAGAGAAACAACAAGCUUUACGGGAGUCUCAGAUCAUGGAGCGGGAGCGCAAAGCUAAGCUGCAAGUGGAACGCCAGCUGGAGGAACGUCAGAAAAAGCUCGAGGAACAGCGGAGGAAGGAGGAACAGAAACGAUUAGCUGUGGAGGAAAAGAGAAAGCAGAAGCAAGAAGAGGAAAAGGAGCACUACGAGGCAGUUAUGAGGCGAACACUAGAACGCAGUCAGCGAGUCGAGCAGAGACAGAAGAGGUGGUCUUGGGGAGGAUUGUCCGGAGACCAAGAUGGCCGAGCAGGAGAUUCUGACGCCAGCAUCUCUUCUCCAGUAGCUAUAGUUGUCUCCUCUCCCUCGCCAGAAAAGCCACCAAGGAGUGGACAAGUUGACAAGCGCUCCACAUCCACAACUAACCUGAAACAGCCGCCCGAGGCUGGCAUCAGCAAACGUUUAUCCUCCUCCUCUGCCACCCUCGGUAAAUCACCUGACAAAAGUGUUAGGCCGAGGAGUUCGUCUUGCAACCGCUUGCCAAGCAAUGGCACGGCUGCUCAGGCCUGUAAGGGAGAUGGCAAACAGCUUCAGGUGGAACAGACAGGACGCUCUGUGAAGAAGAGAAGUACCUCCCUCACACGAGUAAGUGUGAGCAGAGCACAGACCCCUGCCAAGCCUGAAAAGGGGACAACGGACGAUCAAGCCCGCAAGCCACCGGCCAGUACAGUGGAUGAAGGGGUCCUUAGUCGCCUGCUCACUCCCACCCAGGCCUCACUAGCUAGGAGCAAGAGCGCCGCCGUCCUGUCCGCUGAAGGAUCAGAUGCUACAGAGUGUCACCUGUGUCCUCGUUCAGCCUCCCCCAGCCCCAUGAACACGGCGCGCGGCCCCUUGCGCAGCCGCAGCAUUGACCGACAGAAGAGCGGCAUGACUGCGUCGAAAUCGGCCAGCGAAGCCCUCGAUACUUCCCUGAAAGACAAGCAAUUAGCAUCACCCAGGGGGCAACGUCCUGCCUCACCGUCAACCUCCAUGGGACGCCAUCGCUCACCGUCUCCAGCGCCGAGCCCAACUCCAAAGAGAACCCCGUCCCCAUCAGCAUCCAAGCAAAGUCCCAAGACGCGCCCACCGUCGCCGUCUGCGAUGAAGCAGCGUCCCCCGUCUCCUCAGCCCUCAUCAGCCAAACCCCCACCCAUCCAGAAACCGUCUCUCACACCAACUGGGCCACCAACGCUGCGAAAGAGGGACUCCAAGUCCAAGGACCUGGGUCCUGUUCAGCCUGUGGCUCCACAGGCCGCUGAGGCCAGCAAGACCAAAGACAAAGACGACUCAAAGACAACCGGCACAAAUUCGGCUGCUGAGGCGGCUAAGAUCCUGGCAGAAAAUCGAAGGCUGAUGAGGGAGCAGAAGGAGCGAGAGGAGCAGCUGAGGAUACAGAAGGAGGAAGAGGAGAGGCAGAGAAAAGAGGAAGAGGAGCGUUUAGCCGAAGAGGCUCGACUGAAACGCCUGGAGGAGGAGAAGAGGUUGGCCGAAGAGCGGAAAGCAAAAGAAGAAGAAGAAGCCCAACUAGCAGAGGAAGAAAGAAAAAGACUGGAAGAAGAAGAAGCGUUGAGGCAGGCCGAGCUCCAGAAGGAACGAGAGGAGGCCGAGGCCAAAGCCCUGGAGGAGGCCGAGAGGGUCCGCCAGGAGCGAGACCGGAUCAUGCAGCAGAACCAGCAGGAGCGAAUGGAGAGGAAGAAGAGAAUUGAAGAAAUAAUGAAGAGAACUAGAAAAGGGGACCAAGCUGACUUUAAGAGAGAUGACGAUAAAUACUCACAUGAGAAUGGAGAUGAAGGCAUGGAUGAGAUGAAAGGUGAAGCCAAAGACGACGUUUCUGUGGACGAUGACCAGGACGUUUUGUCCGCUGGAGAUGCUGGGAUGAAAAAAGAUGGCAGCAUGAACGGAAAUCCAGAGACCGAAGACAAGGAGAACACCAACGGCACGACCGCUGACGACACGCAGGCAGGAAGUCCGGUUCCGACAAGCCGCCUCGUCGAGGGCUCAGAGUUCCUGAACGAGGAGGACUCCACCAAAGACGGCUUGGUGUCCAGCCUCAAUGGGAAGCCCAACCAGUGGAGCUUCGAGGAGCUCAUCGACACCAACGUACACGCUAAGACUCGGCCUCUCAUUGAGUCCGAGGACCGCAACCAGGUUUUAAUCCACUGUGACGGGAGCUCAGAUGGGACCAGGGUGGCCUUUGAGGAGAAGGGAGCCCCCAUCAGCACCCAGCACUCCUCCAAUCAGCCCAUCGAAGCCAUGUCAGAAAUGUGAUGCUGCGGGCGUCUCAGAAAAGCCUCUUUGUGUUGCACUCCGACCUUCCCUGAAAGAAUCUUCUAGCCGUUCCAAACAGUUCCCACCUUCCUGCAGGAGGCGCACAAGACGAAAUGGAAAGACCACCCCAAGUGCUGCAGUUGCUCCCCAAGCAACGAGGAAACAGAUUGAAUUAAAUUAAAAUAUAAUAAAACGCCACGCUUCAGGGAAAUGUUUCAUGUUCCUCGUCUUUCCUCUUCCUCUUGUGUUUAGUUUCAAUUCCAUUUUGUGUCAAAAACUUUUGUAUUUUCUUUUUGUUAGGGGUGCGUUCUUAUAAUUUAUUAAAUUGUUUUUGCUUUAUUAUUGUAAUUAUUAUGUUUAGUAUUGUUUUCUCUCUUGUAUGAGAAUAUUCCAUGACACGUGAAAGUCAGGCCGUGUGAAUUAUAUGAUAAAUAUCUAAAGAAAUGUUAAUAAUCAUUGUUAUUCCUGUCUGGGUUCGAGUGGAAAGCUUCGUUCUGCAUGUGGUUCGUCUAAAUUCACUUGACUGGCUGCUUUUUGCAGCACUCAGCUACAUGUAUGGCCUUACCUUUUAUUUUAAGUGCUAAAAUGCAUAAUUAUUAUGAAGCUCAUGCACACACAGUUCAGCAACGUGACUCACUGACAAACACGAGAUAAAUCUGGCUUUGUUUUUUCCUUUUUCUCACACCGUCUUGUUUUCUCUUUUCUAGCCACUAGGGGGCGUCACAACCACAAAGGCGAAAUAUUUUGAGCCUGUUCAUGUGGGUAGAACUAAUGUUUACUAACGCCACUGUAAUGGAUCUGAUUUUAGUCUCAUAUCUUUAUCUUUGCAUCCAACUGCAACAAAACUCGUUAAAGGGAUAGUUUGGAUUUUUUUAUGUGAUUGCAUCUGUAAUCUUUUUUAUGUGGAGUGAAUUACUGAUAAAAAACUAAACAUCAAAAAUCCAAGGUAUCUCUUCCUCCUCAGUUUCACGUUCUCACACCUGCUGCUACAUCUGGUUAAAUGCAUUUCAGCUCUUUUGGUAGUGUAGAAAAUGGCGGAUUGUUUAUAUUUAAGUGUUAUUAUGUUUUGUACAUAAUCAGUAUUAGGCGAGUGAAGCCAUGUUUAGGACGGAGGCGGCUCAGGUUGUGGUUUCUUGGGGUCUUCUUAUUGGUUACCGUUGUAGCUCGAGUGGUGCGCUGUGAUUGGUUUAGCUCAGUUUGGCUCGUUUGUGUUAGAAAAUCCUUUAACAAAAGCGACUUCAUAUUUCCUUAAAUCUGAAGACAAAGAGCAGUUUUAAUGUUGAUCUAAAACAUCUUUGGGCCAUUUUGGCAACUUGUCUGACCUCUGACCUGAGUUGUUUUAUACACAGAUGUGGCAUCGGCUCAGGUUUCAGCUCUCACUGUACUAAAGAGGAGCAUUUUCACCAAACUAAAUAAUGUGGGUCAGACUUAAUUUUUCUGUUUUCCUUCCUUUUUUUCAUGAAAUCCAUAAAAAUGCUAAUAUUCCUUUUGCUUGAAUAAUCCAGACUUGAGGUUUUGGGGACCUUGACGUUUGCCUUGUUCUCUUUGUACAUGAAAAUAUUCUGGGUUUAAAUUAUUUGAGCUUUGAUUAAUAAGCUCAGUGAAUGUUACAGAACCUCACCAAAUUUCUAAGAGCCGCUCACUUCCAGCUUUCGCUUCAUGAAGUCUCUGGGAAAACGCUCCACCCCAUCUGAUGACUUGUUACUGGGACGCUGCGAUGUUUUGAUAUUUCUUCAUAUUUUACUCCCCAUCAAAUGUAGACCUGUUUAUAGUCGCAGGUGUUCUUUGUUUCCCAAGUUUUGCCGCAUUUCUAAAUACUAAACUUAAAGCUCUUUGUCUUUAAUAUAAUGUUUGGUAGAAUAGAAAGGUGCCUUAGUUUGAGAUGUACUGUUUUUAUCUCACAGUUGACGGUGUCUUUACCUCGGCCUCGACAAUCAGUCCACCCAUUCAGGGCGACUCUGAAUAUAAAUAUUUCUCUGGAGGAUUUGCUCUCAAGCCCUUGUUUGCAAAUAAAAUCUGUACUGUAAAUAUAUCUAAAGAGAACAGAUAUGAUACAGACUGUUAAAACAAUAAAGUCUAAAUGAAAAUA